CUUCCGUCUGCACAGAGGCGACGAAGAAGGCCGACGAUGGACCGCGAUGGGCCGGACGCUCUUCGGCGGGAGGCGGAGGUGGAGCGCGGCCGCUACCUGAGCCGCCGGGCCGUGGCCCAGGAGCAGCUGGCGCAAAUAAAGGAGCACAAGGAUCAAGCAGAUCUGGCUAAGCUGGAAAAGAGACAAGAAGGGGAACGAAUACAGCGAUCAAGCCAAUUGUACCAACUGGAAAUUCAGAGAGAUAAAGAAAAGGAUCAGGAGAAAAAAGUUGAAUUCCAGAGGCAGCAUCAUGAAUAUGUAGCUGAACAGAAAAUAUUUAAAGCUGAAGAGAAACAAAAAGAAGACAAAGAUGAUGAUCAGAUUAAGGCUUAUAUUAAAGGAAAAGAAAUGAUGGCUGAUCUGACAAGAGAAAAAAGUGCAGAGACAAACAGGAUGAUAGAGAAGCAAAAGGACAAAGCUUUUGAAAAAUUAAAUGCACAGAUGAAUGAGAAAUGUAAGAUUGAAGAUGAUCGUCUAGCUAGAGGAGCUGCAGAGGUAGAAGUUGAGUACCAAAUAAAAAAUAAAGAGAAAGAAAUGAAAAAAAAGGCUGCUCUGGAAUCCAUUGAAGAAAACAGAGUCACUGUGAUGAAUUUGAAAGAGGAAAAGAAGAGAGAGGAAAAAGAAGAGGAUAAGAAGGAUCGUAAUCAGUGGAUGACAGAAAAUGACGCCUACUUGGAAAUGGAAAAAGCCAAGAAACAAAGACAGCGUGAUGCAAACAUGGAAGUACAGAAGUUUCAGCUCCAGCAAAUGGCUGAAAAGCAGGCAAGAAAAGAGCAGGAAAAGCAAGCAGACUUGGCCUGUGAUGCUCAGAGAGAGGCUGCUUUUCAUCAGGAUCGAGCAUUUCGGAGAUAAAGACAGUGAGUAACUGAAUCAGUGCCAUUACUGGAUGUAACUUCUAUUCUCUUCAAACAUUCAAGGAAGGAACAAGAUGUGGGCUUCCUAAUUAGGACAACUGCAAGAAUGGUGGAAUGGAUAAUCUGAAGUGUUAAAAACAGUAAAAACUGGAGGGCGGGUGGGUGAAGAUGGUUGAUGCAAUGCUUUCUUGCCUUGUAUAUGAGCCCCCAGCUUGCUCAGGACUGAGAAAACAUUUGGCAUUUUGCCACGACUUUUACAGCCUGGUUUGGCCCUCAAAGCUCUGCCUGAGGGCAGGGCCAAGAACUCUCCUCAGGGCCAGCACAGACUUUUAUUGUCUUGGUCAGUCCUGCUGUGGUCUGGGUGGCUGCAUUCUUUUUGGAUAGAAGAACAUAGCUGGGUGGAGCUGACUGAGUCUGUACCAUGUCAAUUAGCAUGGCCCAUUAUUCUGUAAUGUGAACCAAAGCACAGUAAGUAGAAACAAUGAAGACUUGUUUCAAAACCUCACUUCUGACCUAAAGUAAAAGACCAACAUUGCUGCACUAUCAACUAAAAGUCACACAGUUGUCUCCAAUUAUCUUGGAGUAGUUAAUUUUGAAAAUUACAUAUUACAAAAAGAAACAUGGCAAUUAACUUGUGAAAUUGUCCCUCAGUACUUUUUUUCUUUUAUUCACUAAUGAAAAAUUUAUUUCCCUUCUCUCUGAGCCAGUGCUCAUUUUAUUACAUCAAGCUUCUUUGCAGCAAGCAGAAAGAAUGGAAACUUUUAUAAAAGCCUUUUGGUGGCAGAAGCUGGAGCCUUAAGAAGUAUUGACUACAGCAGGAGUGGUGCUGAAACCUGCAGAGCUCGCUAAUGCUGCAAAUGCAUCCUUAAGUGCAAAUUUGCACAUGCUCACUACUAUGCAAUUGGUGAGUUAAAUGGGUUUUUAGUCUACUUCCACAGCAGCAAGAAACAAGGUGGAUUGCAGCCUCAUUUCCUACUCAGCUUCCAGAAAUGUCCUGUUCUGCAGAUUACGUACAUCUACAUUUGAAGUCUACAGCCUGCUUCCAUCAGGCUUCUACUUUGAACAUCUACUGAACACCCAUCAAACCCAGUAAACUCCAGUACCAGAAAACAACUCUUCAUUUCAGUACACCUAGAAUAAAGUGGGAAUUCUGUGUAUUUUUAAAGCACGUUGGCUAACUAGAGAUUUAGUUACCCAAAUUCAGCAUGAAAAAAAAAAAUCUAGCAGCAAUCACGAUCUCCAUUUAGUCUCUUGACUCUGAGAUGUACAUACUUCCUGUGCUUGUUUUAAAUAACUAAUCUAGUUAGUAAUUUUCUGUAAAACCUCUGUAAAGCAUAGCAUGAUGACACUAGAUCAGAAUGGCCAGAGGUGGUGGACCGUUGCUGGUAAAAGGUGUCCUGUGUAAGGCAGGAGACUGGUCUAGCUGCUUACCAGAGUCCUUUUCAGCUGCCAUUUAAAGAUGGGGAGACUAAAAUAAAGGGAGAUGAACUGCAGCUGAUAAGGGAAAUUGUUGACCUGGAAGAAUCUACUUAUUGAGAGGUACCUCUCAUUUAAUGCCUAGGGCUACUCUUGUGUUAGUUACUAGCUGGAGUCAUCAUUCCCAAAGGUAUUUAGAUGUGUACAUGGUGCUUAGGAACAUGGAUUAGCUAGUGUUGGAUUUCAGUACUGGGUUAACAGCUGAACUUGAUCUUAAAGGUCUCCUCCAAUCUAAAUUAUUCUGUAAAGUUUUAAUUAAUAGCUAGCAAAUCAGAAAAUGCUUUGAGAAAUAAUUUAACUAGUAAAUUUUAAUUAUUGGUUUUGUUCAAAACAGCAUCCUCUCAGAUAUUGUUCUGCUUCAGGACGUUGCAGCAGGUGAGAGUCAUGACAGAUACUAGCCUUAUUUGAAGACCAAGUCCUUAGAAAUGCAAGGCAAUCCUCAGAGGGACUGAAACAGAGACCUUAAAUCCAACUGCAUUUUUUCCACACUUGUGAUCCAAUUCUGGAGAUAGAAUGGCAACUUUAGUUUGAACAUGUGGGCCUCCAGUGUCUAACACGGUACUUCUCCCAUGAGUAUUUCAACUCACACCUGUGUGGCAGUACACAUGCAAGAGUACUGUUCUCAUGGAUCUAAUACAGCUCCUCCCUAGGAAAUGGAAGAGAACAGUUCUCUAAAAUGCCUUAUAUCCUAAGGGAAUUUGAAUUCAAUAACUGCAGCUCUUUAUUGUUAGGAAUGUUCCAGUUUGGAGUUACUAGGUCUGUGCAAAUUCUUUUUGCAUGAAUCUUUGUUACCAGUUAGCUCUGAGGAAGUUUGAAGAAGAUACAUACCUGAAACAAAUGGCCCAUGAACUGAAGAGCUGGAACCAUGGGAGCAUCAAGGAUGAACAUUUUCACAUCUCAAUACAGACUUGCUCUAUACUUCUGAAAAAGAAAAAAAAAGUUUCAAAGCUUCCUUGUAAUCUUCCUUGUUGUGGCAGUGCAUCCCUGUUUCUGACACUAAUCUUCCUUCUGUUCAGGUAGUGUAUUUCUGAGAGACAGAAAAUUCACUACCUCUAAAUAGCAUGCAAAAAUCCCCAUAAUCAGUGAAGGCUAAGAUGGUGGAGCGAGGUGCAGGUGAGAGAUUAAGGAAGACCCUAUGAUAUGUUUUCUUAAUUUCUUUCUGUUUAGAAUAAGUUGUAGUAUAGGCUUUGUUAAGCUUGUAAUGUGUGAAGUCGUUGCUUUCAUACUACUGCACUCCCACCACUUUAAGCUAAAUUGCUUUUUGUUUUGGUAUAUCAUGGCUUUGAUAUCACUAGCUAUUUAAGUGAAUACAUGAAUGAUUCAAAUCUGGCCUCUGAUCUGGUAAACCAAUCUCUAAUAAGCAGUCUUAAAGCAGAGCUGUUUGUAGCUUGCUGACACUAUUUUAUAUAAAGCAGCACAGCACUUUUCUGUGGAUUGCCUCAGCUCCAACACAUUAGCCAGAGAAAUUAACUGUUCUGUUGGGUACUGAAGGGUGGAACAUCGGAACUUCAGGCGCAGUAAAAUUCAACACUGCAUCUCUGUUAACAUAGUAAUUGCACAAACACACCCCCCCCCCCGCCCAAUGAGUAGCAUCUGGUCUGACUCCUUUUCUGUGUAAAAGGAAAAUAAGCAAAGAUUAGAAAGAAAAAGCAGCAUCUACCGAAGUGUAGUAAUGAGCAGAGCAAGGAAAAUGCAACAGCUGGCACAGUGGACAAGGGCAAAGUUUGGAAAGCUUCUAAGUAUUUCUGCAUUAGUUUCAGCUACAAUCUCUCAGUGCAUAUACAAUUAAUAGAAGCUACUAAUUAUACACUUAAACGGUUUCUUUUUUCUUCAGAAAACUACCGAAGCAUCUACAAAGGAGUAAGAAGCUAGCCACUCACUCCUUCCAAGUUUUGUGUGCCUGCAAAACCAAUCAGUGCCCAAGAGCAGAAGCUAACUGUGGACCAAGUUACAAGACAUGCUAUUUGCUACAACCUGCCUAUAACUCAAGCUCAAGAAAUAAGUGCCAUAGCUUGCAACUGUACUGUAACUAAUCUUAUUAUGGAACAAAGCAGUAGAUUCUUUUCAGAAAGUCAAGAGGUAACAACCAAAGGUAAACUAUCAGUUAAUCUGUACUGUACUUGAAUAUUUGCUGGGCCUCCAGGCUUAACUCAAACCUUGUUUUGAAAAAAAGAAAAAUCUUACUGAGCAAAUAAAAUUGGGUACAUCUAUCUGUAAGAAUAAAA